AUUGGAGUGGCCGCCUUCCGUAAUCAUGGCCGUUACGCCAAAUCCAUGUGAAUCUACGAAACCACAGGUUAAUGGAAGUAAUGUUCCUGUGAGAUAAAAGUCAGUUUCUGUUUAGUUUAAUGGCCUCGUCUUCUCAGCCCAAUUACAUUGGUAGUUGAAAGGGUUGAAGUGCACAAAAAUUUGACUGCAAAGACACCCUUGCAGAUGAGAUCUGAUGGUGUUACAAAAAGAAAACGGAUUGGUGGUGGGAGUGCAACUGAAGAUCAGACUGAAAGCUUAUCUGAUAUUGAUGAUAGUGAAGUUGCUGGAUACCUUAACAGCAAAGAGGAGAGGCAUUACAAGAAGAUUAUAUGGGAAAAAAUAAAUCAGCAGUUCGCCAUGGCACAGGCCAAGAGAAAGAAAGAAACUGAAAGCAAGAAAGAUAAAUCUGGCAAAGGUACUACCAAGACCACCAAAAUAGAUGAGAACAAGAUACGAAGUUCAAAAGUAAAUUAUGAAGCUCUGAAGCAACUAACUGACGAACUGAACCAAGAUAUUGGAGAUGCAGAAAUAGUAGAAGGGGGCUUGAGAUCUCUGUCUUGUGUAAACAGUGGAGGAUCAAAUGCCAAAGAGGUUAAAGUUUAUGAGUCUAAUUCCGAUGAGCUAGAGGAAGAGGAGGAGAACCCCUGCACAGAAGAUGACUACGCGUUGAGAGACAGUAACUACGAGUUAUAUGAUGAACAUGAGUAUGGAUGUUAUGACAUUGAUUAUGGAAAUGAUUGAUUGAUAUUCAUUUAUUCUUGGAGUUACUUUAUAAUCAAAUUUUGGAAGUUUUUAGGAACAACGUAACUAAAAUGUCGAGCGCUAUAGGGACAAAAAUUGAGCUGAAUCAUUUUUUUGUAAGGGUACGUCGAGAUAAUCAUUUUUGUAAGGAGACUAAUACGAAUGCUCGUAUAUAUUAUAUAGUUAAAUAUUUCUUGUUA